AUGUCUGCCGAAGACGAGCAACAACCAAGGCGCGCCGACUGCGAUGAAACCUCACCCCUAUCCGACGAUAGCAGCUCAGACAGCGACAGCUCCGCCGGCAGCAAUGAUGGCGGCAGCGGCAGCCCCAAGAUCGAGUGGCUCGCCACGGGGCGUGCGAAGCGAUCGACGGCCGGUAAUCGGAUGAAGUCGAUGCUCGCCAACGAGGAACCCGAUUCCGAUCUCGAACUGCUCUUCGCCGAAGAUGAGAAUGACGCCGGUUUCGAAGACGUCGGAGACGAUGCGUCCGAUGUGCAGAUGGAUUCGUCAUCCGACGACGAAGACGAACAGAACGCCGGUGACGACUUGGAGGGGGAAAAGGAGCUCGAGAGGCAAGCACGAGAAAAGCGCAUCGCCGCGCGGAAGCGCAAGGCCCAGGAAGCCAUCCCUGCCAAGUUUCGAAAAAAGGUUCGAGUGCAACCGAUUGGACCCGUGGCCGCACCGGCGCCGGCUCCCCGACCGAAGAAGAAAUCCGAGCGUCAGAGUUGGCUUCCGUCCCCUGCCGAUGCGCCCACGAGAGCUUCGGAGAGGCAGACGACGCGGAUGAGCAAGGAGCAGCUGCAUCAGCAGAUGAAGGAGCGUGAGGCGAGGAGGCUGAAACAACUCGCCAUAAUGGAAAAGAAGCAGAAGAAACUGGAGGCGAUGAAGAAGCCACCUAUGACGCAGGAGGAACGACUCGCCGAAGCCGCCGUCGUCGAGAAAAGGAACGCUAAGAGCUUGAACAGGUGGGAAGAGGCCGAGAAGCAGCGAGAGGAGGAACGGAAGGCCAAGCUUGCCGCCCUGAAUAGCCGUACGCUCAAGGGUCCGGUCAUUACAUUUUGGAGUGGGCGCAGGGAGUGGAAUGACGAUAGGCUGAAACAGGGCGGUAUCUAUCACAUUGAAGUUGAAGAGAAGCCCCGCAAGAAGCGUCUCACAGCAGCAGAGAAGGAGAAGGAGAAGGAGAAGGAGAAAGCUAAGGAGAAGGGAAAACUGAAAGAUAAAGACCGGGAUACGGCGAUGUCUACAGCACCUCCGACCCCGGUGUCCGCCACCGCGCCCACAGCCCUUGGUGCAGCGGGACCACAGGCCGGGUCUACCUCAGGAGUAACUACUCCAAAAGCAGCCGAACCGGCCAAGACGGCAGUGAAGCCAGAGGCUGAGUCGAAAGAUAACGCGGCAUUACCUGAGCCGCCGGUCGGCACCUCUUCCUCCCUCGCUCCACCAGCAAAACCACCGCAAGCAACUGCUGCUGCUCCUUCCGGAGCGCCAGCUAAAGAACCGAGUCCAGUCCAACCGAGCACCCAAACGUCGUCGCUGAUGGCGCCGCCCUCCAUGAGCGCGCUUCCCCUCACCGAAGCUAAGCUGGUACCUAUAGAAGGUUCCAAGCCGCGGCCCGUAAUGGCACUGCCGGCUAUUGAGACGCCUCGAACAUCUGCCAGUCUACCAUCGCCGAGCGUGUUAGCUGCGCCUGUCCUGGCUCCUCCUGCGGGCUUGUCACCAACAAUGCUGAGCAGCCCUGGCGCAUACUCGAACCCUCCAAGUCCGAAACUUAAUGUUCUCGCUCCUCCCAAUACAACCCAAAGGCCGUCACUCUUAUCUCUACCCCCUUCCACACCUAAGUUAGCCUCAUCUGCUGCGCCCACGGGUCUAUCCGCCCCAACGAACUUUCCCUUGCAAGCUCCGCCAAAACGUCCAACCGCUGGAGUCGUCCCACCAACACCUUCCCUCACGAAAUCUAACCCAAGCUCAAACCAACAGCCAACCCAGCCCCAGAAUAGUAGUACGGACAAAGAAUCUAGCAAGCCCGCGGUUGAUGCUGAAGAUUCGUCCGAGAAACCGGCCGAGGGCCAGAACGGCAGCGCCAACGUCGCCACCCGUAACGCCAUCAUCCUACAGAACUUUGAUGAAUCAAUUAUUAAGGACAAGGUCGUCCAGACACAAAUUCUGUUUGGUAGGAAGAUGAGUAGAUUGCAAAAGCCAGCAGCGCAUCCAUUAUGCGUGAUUACCAACCAUCCGGCCCGAUAUCGUGAUCCGAAAACAGGGCUGCCGUACUUCAAUGCCUACGCGUAUCGCGAGAUUCAGCGGCUGCUGCACGGUGACUACCGGUGGAGCGCGCUGCUUGGGUGCUGGGUGGGUAGCGGGAAGUACGCGGCCAAGGGCGUACCGGCAAGGUUUUUGGACCCCGAUGCUCCUGCUCCUCCUCCUCCUCCGCCGCCGCCUCCAGCUGCUCCAGCCCCUGGACCUGAAGAGAAGGCCAAGGUUGAUGGGCAAACGAGCGAGUCGACCGAGAAGUCCCAGGCCUCCAUCGGCGCAGCCCCCGAGGCCAACGCAGCCGGCGCAACCGGCGCAGCUGCCCAAUGUCCAACCUGCACAGAAACCAGCCGCACAGCCAUCCUCGCAGCAGCUACAGCAACCUAUUCAAGGUACUCCUACUCCUGUUCCGCCCCCUCCCAAAACACAAGCGGCACCUGCCCUGCCGGCGACACCUGCUCUAUCCACGCAGCAACCGGUGCAACAGCCGGCACAACAGACGACGCUGCCUGUCCAACCAAAACAGCGAGAACAGCCGCCAGUCGUUCAGCAAGGACAAGAGCAGCCAAAUCAAGAGCCAAACCCCAAAUCCUCUACCACCAGCCCAAGUAUCCCUCCGUCUCAACCGGAAGCCAAAGUAGCUCCGGCUGCCACCACCACCACCACGUCUACUCCUACCCUAACCGGAACAACGCCAAUUCCGACAGUAGCACCAACGUCCACUCCAACACCUAA